AUGUCCGUCGAAGCUGUAGCGCGUAUCGCCUACCUCUCAUCUGAGGUUGUGGUCGAUUCCCAAUUGUCUGGUCCAUCCACCUCCAGCUUCUCGGAAACCUACCGUUCUCUCGAAAAAGUUGCGGCCCAUAAACCGAGGGUCCUCCCAACUCCCUAUGGCGCAGAUCCUGGGUCCACUCUCCUUAGAUAUCCCUCAGACCUCACCACUUUCACCGCUUUCGCCUCCUCCCCAGUCGUGACCCGUCUGCUUCUGCACCUUGCAGAAAUAUCCACGAGACCCGUCGUACUCCACCUUGCAGUCCAGGACGAUCUUUCAGACGUUCUGCUCCUCCGAUCCGCGGUCCCCUUCUUCAUCCUCUCCCAAACACCACAGGAAGCCCACGACAACGCCCUUUUGUCAGCUCGUCUCGCAAGAGUCGAGCAAAAGGCCGUCAUUCACGCCUUCUUCUCCUCCUCCUCAAAUGACCAUCCACCGGUGGACGAGAUCCCGGAGGACAAAAUCUUCCCUUUCCUGCUUGCAAAGAAGCAUCCCUCGUCCCCUGGUUCCCCCGUCGGCCAUCUGAACGGUAUUAACGGUAUCAAUGGCGUCAACGGAAUCGCUAACGGCCAUGUAAAUGGUCAUGUUAACGGCCAGUCAGCAAAGGACGACCCCAUCACCACGCAACUCGUGAAGGCUUACGAGUCUGCAGCGCUGGACACACUUUCCUUGGUCAGGCGUCCCAAGCGUGCCUUGUCGGUCCGUGGCGCCUCUGAUCCACAUACCGUGCUUUUCCUUGUUGGGAAAGGUGACUUUGCACCCACCAUCGAGGGCGUGUCAUUCGUCACGCUCUCGCUGCUUAAUCCCCUUCCAGCAUCACGCCUCUCCAACGCCAUCCCUGACUCAGCUACGAACGUGAUCGUCCUCGAGCAAGUUCACAAGUGGACUACCAAAUGGACCCCCCUGUACCUCGACUUGGUCAGCGCCAUCCAGAGUCACAAGCCCGACCAGUCCGUUCGCGUCUACAACGGUAUCUUGGGUGACCUGGACAACGUUUCCGUCCCUGAUGUCUUGAAGCUCAUCCAGCGCGCACCUGCCUCUGGUACUGAACGUCUCCAAUUGGGUCCCAUUUCCACCAGCUCCCCUUCCGCCACCACUCCCCAUAUCCCCAAGCACGAGGCUGCUUACACCCGCAUCCUGGAACACCUUUUCAGCGACAGGUUGGAGAUCGCUAACUCCCCCGCCCUCGUAGCUACCCAGGGUGACAUCGCCACCACCCCCGAGUUUGCUUUGGGCCGUGUUCGGGGUCAGUUGGAUGCCCGGAACGAGCUGGUUUCGGCCGUCCAAGGCCUUUUGCAAGACUCUAGCCUCGACAAUGACCUUCACUCCUUGCUUAGCAAGUGGGUGCUGGCCAAGGAUGACGGUGUGAAGAGCCGACAAUUGGGAGACCAGAUCGUCGCCAAACUCGAGGCCACUUCCCCUCCCAAUCCCCUUGCUCAGCGCGUGCUGGCCCUUCGUCAGCACCUCCCUGCCGUGUCUCGCUGGAUCGUUGGCUCUGAUGCAUGGUCCUAUGACCUUGGAUCUUCUGGUUUGCACCACGCCAUUGCGUCCAAACUCAACGUCAACAUUCUCAUCCUUGACACCCUCCCUUACACCGCUCGCAACUCUGGAGACCCCCAUCGCCGCAAGCAGGAUGUCGGGUUGUACGCCAUGAACCAUGGUGAUGUCUAUGUCGCCAGCGUCGCUGUCUUCUCGUCCUACGCCCAAGUCCUCCAAGCCAUUGCUGAAGCCGACCGCUUCGAAGGCCCUAGUGUCGUCCUCGCCUACCUCCCCUACCACUCGGAAGACUCGUCGGCCAUCGACGUCUUGAAGGAGACCAAGCUCGCUGUCGAUGCUGGCUAUUGGCCUCUCUACCGAUGGGAUCCUAGCAAGGACGCCAAGGGCCUCGAACCUUUCUCCCUCGACUCUGAAGCUAUCAAGAAGGACCUCCAGCAAUUCCUUGAUCGCCAGAACCACCUUUCUCAGCUCACGCGCUCGACUCCCGCCAUCGCCGCCGAAGUCGUCAGCAGCUUGGGCGAGACGAUCCGCGAAGCGAGGAAGAAGCGUGCUCAGCAAUCGUACAACGACCUCGUCAGUGCGUUGGAUGCUCCCCCUCUCCUCAUUCUCUAUGCUUCAGAUGGAGGUGCGGCUGAGAAGAAGGCGAAGCGACUUGCCAACCGAGCCAAGGCUCGCGGCCUCUCCACCACUAUCACUCCUCUCGACUCUUCCUCCUUGGAGGCCUUGAAGGAAGAGGAGUAUGUCGUCUUCGUCUGUUCCACCGCCGGCCAAGGUGAACCACCCCAGAACGGCCGCAACUUCUUCAAGGCUCUCAACGCUGCUUCUUCCCGAGGCGAGUCUAUCCUUCCCAACCUCAAGUACACCGUCUUUGGCAUGGGUGACAGCCACUACUGGCCUCGCCCCGAGGAUGCCCACUAUUACAACAAGCCCGGUAAAGAACUCGACGCUCGACUCGAGAAGCUCGGCGCGGAGCGUGUCGCCGACAUCGGUUUGGGUGACGACCAGGAUGCUGACGGUAGCGAGACCGGGUACAAGAUUUGGGAGCCCAAGUUGUGGAAGGCGCUUGGCGUCGAUAACAUCGACGUUGACGAGGCGGAGCCCGAGCCUAUUACCAAUGAACACAUCAAGGCUGCUUCUGGUUACCUCCGUGGUACCAUCGCUGAAGGACUCGAGGACACUACCACCGGCGCCCUUGCACCCUCCGAUACCCAACUCACCAAGUUCCACGGUAUCUACCAGCAAGACGACCGUGACAUUCGGGAUGAGCGACAAGCUCAAGGCGUCGAGCCUGCCUACAGCUUCAUGAUUCGUGUCCGUAUGCCUGGUGGUGUUUGCACGCCCAAGCAGUGGUUGCAGAUGGACCAAAUCUCGGACGAGCAUGCGAACGGAACGUUCAAGAUUACGACGCGUGCUACGUUCCAGUUCCAUGGUGUCAUCAAGAGGCACUUGAAGCCUGCUAUCCAGGAUAUCAACCGUGUUCUUUUGGAUACCCUCGCUGCCUGUGGUGAUGUUAACCGAAAUGUAAUCUGCUCGUCGAUUCCCACUCUUUCCAAGCUGCAUCGCCAGGUGUUUGAGUUCUCGAAGGAGCUGUCGGACCACCUCAUUCCUCGCACUACUGCCUAUCACGAAAUCUGGCUCGACAAGAAGCUUGUUGCCGGUGACGCCGUGAAGGACUUUGAGCCCAUCUACGGCGAGUUCUACCUCCCUCGGAAGUUCAAGAUCGCGGUAGCCGUCCCUCCCACCAACGACGUUGAUGUGUUCGCCAACGAUCUUGGUUUCAUUGCCAUCGUCGGGGACGAUGGUGAACUCCAAGGAUUCAACGUCACCAUUGGUGGUGGCAUGGGUGUCACUCACGGUAACAAGAAGACGUACCCCCGUGCUGGUAGCUUGCUCGGUUUCUGCACUCCUGAGCAGGGCAAGCACGUCGCGGAGAAGGUGAUGAUCGUCCAGCGCGACCACGGUAACCGUGUCGACCGCAAGAACGCCCGUCUCAAGUAUACCCUUGACCGCCUCGGACUCGACAGGUACAGGGACGAAGUCGAGAAGCACCUUGGGUACAAGCUGCAGCCCGUGCGACCCUUCACGUUCGACCGCAACAUUGACGAUUUCGGAUGGCACACCGGCGAAGACGGACGCCACCACUUCACCAUGUUCAUCGAAAACGGAAGGAUCCUUGACGAGCCUGGAAAGGAUUACAAGACUGGUCUCCGGGAGAUUGCCAAGAUCCACAAGGGCAACUUCCGUUUGACUGCCAACCAGCACGUCUUGGUGUCUGACAUUGCCGAUGAAGAUCUCCCUGCUAUCAAGGCCGUUCUCAAGAAGUACAACCUUGAUAACCUCAACUACAGUGGCUUGAGGUUGGCGUCGUCGGCUUGUGUUGCCUUCCCCACUUGUGGACUGGCUAUGGCUGAAUCCGAGCGUUACCUCCCGGUUUUGAUCGACAAGGUCGAGAAGAUCUGUGAAGAGGCGGGAUUGCGCCACGACGAGAUCGUGAUGAGGAUGACGGGUUGCCCUAACGGCUGCGCUCGCCCUUACCUCGGCGAGGUCGCGUUCGUUGGUAAAGCACCUGGAAGCUACCUCAUGUUGCUCGGUGGUGGAUACUACGGUCAACGUCUUAACAAGAUCUAUAGAGAAUCGGUAACGGAGCCCGAAAUCCUCGCCAUCCUCGGACCCAUGAUCAAACGCUACGCACUCGAACGUCACGAGGGCGAGAGGUUUGGUGAUUGGACUAUUCGUGCGGGGUACAUCUCUGCAGUUACUGAGGGCAAGGACUGGUAUGAGGGUAUGGGCGGUGAAGGCGAAUGGCGUGAAGUUGCUGCUGGCGCCUCUGCGUAA